AUGCCAUCCUCAUUCCUCAGAAAACGGGUAUACGGUUUGUUGAGAACGAAAUUCUCUCCGUCACACAGUCUUGAUGACGCGAGUGCAGCUGUGGAAGGGAUAGUCGGCGAUGAGACGAAAACUCCGUCGAGUCCAGACGCCGACUUCUACACAAAAGCUUUCUUGGCGGGAAUUGAUGGGAGAAGACUCGAAUUUCCGGAGGUUUACUGCGGGAAAACAGGACUCGAAUUGCCGCAAAUCGUUUUAGAGGCCUUUGAGCCACAACUCAUCUCGACGUACACUGGACCGGAUGGAGGGUUGACACAGGUCGGCGAAGUGAAAAAACAGGCGAUUGCCCGCAUUGCAAACCUUGAUGACGAAAUGUCGAUCUCGAUGGAAGAAAGCGAUUUGGAUGCAGAAGAUGAGGAAGACGUCGAUCAACCGAUCUCUCAACCCUUGCGAAAGGAUCGAACUCACUCGAAUUCAGCAUGCCUUCUCGGCUCAUGCAGUUCCCUCUUUGGACCCGACGAAAAACACGAGACAUCACCACCAAAUCGAUCAGAGCAAUACGAUUGGACGAAUUUCGACGAGGAGCGCUCGUUCGGGAUGUCGACAUCGUUGUAUGAAAAGAAUCCGUUAACCGGAGUGAAUGCGGGAGAGCCGAUAGCCGAUGUUUGGGGCAUUGUGGCACGCAGGAACAACUCGGUGAUGGCACUGGCUGAUGGAGUGAAUUGGGGUGAUGGCGCAAGACUGGCAGCGAGGUGUGCGGUGAGGGGAGCCAUUGACUAUCUCAAUGCACACAUACUCGAUCGAGGCUUCACGACGACAACGGAAGUUUUCCACGAACUUCUCGCCUCAUUCCAUUCCGCUCAUUCACUAAUUCUUCAAGAGGGCGGUCAACUCACCACCCUUUGUGUGGCCGUCAUUGCGCCGGCAAAAGGAGCAAAACAAUGGGUUCUCUGCGUGUGCAAUGUGGGCGAUUCACUGUGUUUCGUUUACAAUAACAACUAUGGAGUGAGAGAGGUGACAUUGGGCUCACACGAUAUCGAUCAAAUGCGAGAUAUGAGAGAUGCGGGUGGAGCGUUGGGGCCGGUUGAUGGAAGGAAUCCACAAUUGCACAAUCUCACUUGUAGUAUGACUUUCGUGGACGAAGGUGACAUUGUUUUCAUCACAUCUGACGGUGUUUCCGAUAAUUUUGAUCCGGUUGUCGGGAAAUUUUGCGUAAUCAAAAAGGAGGAGAAUAAAGAGAAUUCGGUGAAUGGAUUAGCAAAAAGAUCGACAGAAAGAGAUCAACGAGAUCGACAGAUAAACGUUUCGGUUCGAGAUGGCACCGGAGAGAAUGGAUAUGUGAAGAAUCGCACGUGUGCCGCGUCGUUACCGUGUGUCGAUGCUGGACAAAGGCACGAGUUGAUGUUGGUGCGGAUGAGAGAUGUGAUUGCGAAUGGGCUCAAUCCAACAAAUGGUAAUGUAAGCCUUUCCCCGCGUCGAAACGAGCCUCUCUUCCCCUCAGUCCCCGCCUCGAUUCUCUGCAACAAUCUCGUUCAAUUUGCUAACUUAUUAUCACAAGCAAAGCGACGGACAUUGGAGAACCCGGAGUUGUACCGAAAAGAGAAAAUGACGAAAGCCGAGCAGAGGCAAAGGAGACAAAUGGUUCGCGAGAAAAUCGCCGAAAUGCCCGGGAAGCUGGACCACGCGAGUGUCAUCGCCUACAAAGUGGGCCGAUGCAGCGAGAUCGGGAGUAAAGCUUCCUCAUCAACCCUUUCCUCGAUCGAUCAAGAAGCGGACAUCAUCUGUCCACCGGGUACAAGUUAUCAGCAACGAGAUGUCAAAUGUCAUUUCGAGAAUUUUCGACGAACUGAUCGAGCAACAUGUUCUCGGACUCUCUACAUGAAAGGCGGAGAUUAUGCAGCUGUUCGUUUAUCAAUAAAUCGAAAUUCAAAAGAAAGAGGAGAGAUUUCAAAAGAAAGAGGAGAAUCUAUUGGAAAUGAAUGGGAGAAAAUGAACGGACAACCGCAAAGUCCGCAAAGAGCGACAAGUCCUUAUGAAGAAAUGCCAACAAAGCUGAACCUUCCCUCUGAAGGGACAAGACGAAAGAAACAUGCACGAGGCACGCCAGGAAGACACACUUUAGGAGUCGAUGUACAAUGGUUGAAGAGUUUCGUGACAAAGAAGACCGAGAAAUCGUCAAGUCCACCAGCUAGCCCCAUUCAUCACACAGAAAGCGAACGAACAAACGACGUAUUAAAUGAAAGGAUGUCACUUCGGAAAAGACUUCGCGGAAUUCUCGGAUCAAAUCGAGCGAUUAAUCAAGUGACUCGUCCCCAGCAAACGCAAUCAGCGCGCGGCGUGAAAUCAUCUCCAAGCGUCCCUCCCCCGUCAGCCACUUCAACUUCAUCCACUCCAAUCACCGCAAAUCAUUCGAUUUCAUCAAGAAUGACAAGCAGCACUGUGACAAAGGUU